AUGGCCGACUUCGGUUCUAUGUAUUCUCAAAAUCUCUUUCUCUCUCCAGAGCAGCAGAACCUGUUGAUGGCUGCUCUCAACGCCAACAACCCGUCUAAGAAGCAAGACGGGAGCCAGGAGAGCACACCUGGUCUCCAGAACAAUCGUUCGUCAUCUAACGAGACCAGCCCGUCACAGGAGAAUGGAUUUGACCCUUCUCGCUCAAGUUACUUUGAGUCGCCACUGCUAAACGAUGGCCCUGGCUCGGGUCACUUGGGAUUUAAUCCUGAUGAAAGUCCCUUUCUGGAUUUCGAUCCUGAUGUUGACUUUGAUCCGCAAGGAUCUGAUGACCUCAUUGGAGAUCUCCCGGGCUGGGAUAGCCACGAGUUAGGUGACAAGCGCAAGUCUAUUGGAGAAAGUGACGCCGAUUUUGAUAACGGCAAGAAGCGGCGCGGAAGUGACGACAAAGACAAGGCUUCGAAGAAGCCUGGCAGAAAGCCACUAACAUCAGAGCCCACUACUAAACGAAAGGCACAAAAUCGUGCAGCACAACGUGCUUUCCGCGAGCGCAAGGAAAAACAUCUCAAGGAUCUAGAAACCAAGGUCGAGGAGCUUGAGAAAGCCUCCGAGACAACCAACCACGAAAAUCACAUUCUCAAAUCUCAGGUAGAGAGAUUGCAAGUCGAACUAAAAGAAUAUCGGAAGCGUCUGUCGUGGGUCAGCGGUGGAAAUGGCCUGUCGACUUUGAGUACUUUCCAAAACCAAACUAGCACCAACAACAUCGGCCGUAAUUUGUCUGGCCUGAGCAACAGUGAGUUUUUCUUCGACUUUCCGAAAUUUGGCGACUUGCCCGGAAGUCACAUUUUCAAAAACGACAACAAGGACAACCAGAACAACCAGAACAAGCCAAGUAGUCCUUCAACAUCUGCUGCCUCGCCAUCCACUGGACUUAAAGGCGCUCCAAGCCGGGGCUCACCCAGUGGUAAUACUCAACAACGCCCGCAAAAUUCCAAGAACGCCAACGGGUCGUUUAAUGGUUACGCGCGCGACUCUGCUGCCUACAAGCAGGCAUCUAGCAAUAGCUCGUCUGCAUCCAACACAGAUUCGCCGAGUGCUUCGUCAGACUCGCAGCAUGGCCCGGUGUCGUCAAUGGGAACAUCCCCAGAACCAAGUCUCAACUCGCCCAAUGUCACCAAGGCGAAUGAGGCUGGGUGUGAAAAUUGUUCUGGUGCGAAUAACGGCUCUAUAGAUGGUGAGAAAUCCUUCUGCGAACAGCUCGGCAUGGCAUGCGGCAAUAUCAAAAACCCAGUGCCGGCAGUCCGGGGCAAGACAAAUAACAAUUCACAAUCGUUAGGCCAAUUACGACCAACAGCCGCAGAUGAGUCUCUGUCGUUCGACUGGCUAGUUCAGCAGAGCGGCGGAGGCAACUUUGACCCUCUGUUAUUCCAAGACUACCGCGAGCCACAAGAUGCGAUUUUGUCUCAGGACUUUGGCGCCUUUUUCAAUGACGCCUUCCCAUUGCCCGACUUGGACAGUCCUUUCGGCAACAUGAACAACGAUGUGUCGACUCCGAACGCAACCAAUGCCGGUGCUCCCAAGACCGACCUUAUUGCUCAAAUCGACAAGAAGCAAGACGAGGAGGACGAAGUCGUUCCUGGCGAGGACAAGUCCCAGAUGAUGACUUGUACUGGCAUAUGGGAUCGAUUGCAAUCCAUGGAGAAAUUUCGCAAUGGCGAGAUUGACGUCGACUCAUUGUGCACGGAACUUCGCACCAAGGCUCGCUGCUCCGAGGGAGGGGUGGUCGUGAAUAAGAGAGAUGUCGAAGACAUCAUGGGACGCGUUGGUACCGAAGAACUUCCGAUCGAGUUAUAG